AUGGCCAAGCGCCUCCUGACCCAAACAACAUCUCUCUCUUGUCGUAUUGCUCGCCCUCCCCGUGGGUUUGCUACGCCAAUGGAGUCGCUAUCCUUUCGGGCAACCGCCCGCCGCAACUCUGUACGCCAAUUCUCAUCCAAAUCUUGGAAACAAUAUCACAAGGAAAAUGGAAGUGAAGGGACCCCUCGACGAGGAUUUGGAUCACGCCUUCGCUUCGCCCUACGCAACACCAAGGUUGAAUGGUACCCGAUUCCUGUAGGCCUAGGAAUUGGUCUGCUGGGAGCCUUGACUUUUUACAAAUCGCAGCGUGCGGAACGCGACCGCGUCGACCGGGAUGAAACAUCAAAUGAUUAUGAAAAUGGCAAACGGCCUCCUCGACGACCUCGAGUGGUGCCCAGUGGCCCCUGGCAGGUCCAGGUGAUGUCGACCUUACCCCUGAAGGCCAUCUCGCGCUUAUGGGGCCGAUUCAACGAAAUCGAGCUGCCCUACUACUUCCGCGUUCCUGGAUUCAAGCUGUACUCAUGGGUCUUUGGAGUCAACUUGAGUGAGGUCGCUGAGCCUGAUCUUCACGUGUAUCCGAACCUGGCUGCCUUCUUCUACCGCAAGUUGAAACCCGGUGUUCGCCCCGUCGACCUGGACCCUCGUGCGCUUGUUUCUCCUUCAGAUGGACGGAUCCUACAGUUUGGUAUGAUUGAACGCGGCGAGGUUGAGCAAGUCAAGGGUAUGACAUACAGCCUGGAUGCCCUUUUGGGUGCCGCUACACCCGUGACAGCCGAUCGCAGUAACCGCAUGUCGGACUCUUCAGGCGAGGUGGGCCAGGUGGAUGUUGAGAACAUGAAGGCCGACCAGGAAUUUGCAACCGUGAACGGGAUUUCUUACACUUUGCCUUCGCUGCUUUCUGGUGAAUCCGGCGCACCUGCCAAGAGACGAGCCUCUAUCGAUGCAUCCACAACCUCCAAAUCCGUUUCCGAGAGUGAAGUUCAGGAACAGUUGGCUCAGGCAGAGGGAACCUCUUGGUUUGCUCCCAAGGCGACUGCUAACCGCGCACUCUUCUACAUUGUGAUCUACCUGGCCCCUGGUGACUAUCAUCGUUUCCACUCGCCCACUGAGUGGGUGGUGGAAAGCCGCCGCCAUUUCGCCGGUGAACUGUACUCCGUCUCUCCCUACUUGCAACGUACCUUGCCUGGACUCUUCACUCUCAACGAGCGAGUUGCUCUGCUGGGCCGCUGGCGAUGGGGCUUCUUCAGUUACACUCCCGUUGGUGCGACUAAUGUGGGCUCGAUUAAAAUCAACUUUGAUGCCGAGUUGCGUACCAACAGCCUCCUGACCGAUACUGCUGCAGACUUGGCGGCUGCCCAGGCUGCCGAGCGAGGCGAAAAGGACCCGGGCUUUGUUGAGGCUACCUACGCUCAUGCCAGUCGCACUCUGGGUGGUCAUCCACUCCGUCGUGGCGAGGAGAUGGGCGGAUUCCAACUGGGCAGCACCGUGGUGCUGGUCUUUGAGGCCCCCCUUGGCACCCGUAAAUCGUUCGAUGCCGGCUGGCCGGAGGAGGAGCGACCAGAUGGCUGGACGUGGUCCGUGGAAAAGGGUCAGCGGAUCAAAAUGGGUGAAAGACUGGGCUUUGUGCGGGAAGGCUAA